AUGCUGCUCUCUCUGUAUCACAUUCACAUUCUUGACCUGGAGGGAGACCGAGGGCGCCUAGCAACGGAGCUUCGGACCACGAAAGCCAAGUAUCAGCAAGGCGACGAGGAGAAGAAGGACGCCGUGCGUCGGUUUCAGGAAAUCGAAGCGCGAUGGAAUGAGGAGAAGAUGAAACGAAGGGCUGAGGUCUUGUUCGGAGUCAGCUGCAACGAGGAGGAACCUAAGAUUUACAGCCAAACGGAGGUGGACGACAUGUACGAGCAGUGGAAGAAGGAGCAGGUGGAUCCGCUGUUGGACGAGAUCAAGGCGCUGAGAAAGGCGCAACGCGAGCUUUUGGCGAAGAUGGAGGCCAUGAAGUACGAGCGGGCUUCCCGCAACUCUAUCCAGCAGGAAGACGAGCCGCUCAUUGGCGAGGCAGAGUUUCGACUGCUGCAGUCGGCCCUGAAAGCUUCUUCAAGCAAGGUCUGGGGCGAUCUCAGCCCACUGUUGACUCGCAUGGCAGAGUCUCUGGCCACCGGCAGUUCUGACAUGCGAGAAAUACUAGGCUCCAUCCAGGCCUUGCCGGAUGCUGGGCCACCAGAGGUCGUUGAGAAAGACCCUGCGAUCCCGGAAGGGAGCUCAGUGAUCGGCCCGGAGACUCUGGAGUGGCUUCAGAUUGGCUUAAAAGCCUCCGGCAAGCACGUGUCGACGGAGCUCGCGAGCUUGUUAACACAGAUGGGCCAGAACCUCGUAGCUGGCGGCGGCGAAAUGCAGAGGGUGGCCCAGACCAUCCAGAAGCUGCCGCUGCCGACACCGCCAACCACUGGGGACAAGCCGUCCUUGCGCUCCACGGGGGUCAAUACAACUCAAGCGGUUGUUUUGCCGAGCAGGCCCAAGGAGCCCAAAGAUCCCGAGCCGGUUGAGGCGGCGCCUGUCGAGCCACAGCGCGACUUCGAAGGAGAACUUCGGCGACUUCGAGAUCAGCUCGAGGAGCAAAUCCGUCAAGCGCAGGCGGAGGCCGAGCGCCAGCGGAAGAGGGCGGAGGAGGCCAUGAAGAAGUUGGAGGAGGAGAUGAAGAAGGCCGAGCAGCUCAUUGCGGAACUUCGGCGCAAGCUCCGCGAGUUGCAGGAGCUCCUCCAAAAAGCUGGACUUGGCAAGCUGGUUGAAGAAGCGCUGGCUGCCUCUGGGCUGACGGACUUCUUGAAGGGCCGUGAUGUGUUUGAGAGGCUGUAUCGGGAUGCCUUGCGGCGCAUGCGGACACAGGCGGAGAUCCAGGCCCGCCUCAGCGAGGAAAGCGCCAAUCAGUUUGUCCGGACGCUGCACGAUCUGGCCAACCAUCCCCUCGUCGCGAUCGAGGCAGCCAUGGAGCUGCAUGGAGGCUCUCCGGGAUCACCUUUUCAGGUGAUGCGAUUUUCUCCUGCUGAGACUCCCGGUGAAAGCGCCAAGCUCGUCAGAUCCAAGACUGCGUUCUUGCCGGGUGAGCUGAAGGAAGGCGAGCGAACUGAUGAUGCCACGGCAGAUGCUCAACGUCCUGGCAAUGUACGACGGGCUUUGACACUGGCUUCAGGCAUGGAGGAGAAAGCACUGGGAAAACAUGGCGUGAGCCAACCCUUGCUGGCAAAACAGGGUUCUGGUUAUGUGCGAAUGGGUUCAGGCUUAAGCCAGCGCGCAGAAGGAUCCCUUUUGGUUUCUCCAACCAGCUCUGUGAAAGCAAGAUCACAGACAACUCCACCGUCUCAGAGCUUGACUUCUGCAAGGCCUUUGGCAGCUGGUCCAAGCUGGCCGUUGGGCAACCAGGCGAUGUCCGUAGAGGGAAGUGGAAGCUUCACGCGCGCUUCGAGCAGAGGCUCUGACGCUGCCUCGUCACCAGUGGAGAGCCAAUCGCCGCAGCAAGCUCGCUCGCAAAGUCCGACUCGUUCCCAGAGCCCGGGCCCGAUUCCGAGCGGGCAGCGUGAAAGGCGUGAGAGCCUGGGCCUGCCUUUGCAGCCGAUCCUCUCCGUCAGCAGUAUCGGGCCCAGACCAGCGCCAAGUCAGCUCGUCCCGACCGUCCCGAAUCCCAAAGGAUCGGCGAAACGCCGCGACAGCAGAAGCUCGCCUGGGCGCCUCGCCGGGCAGAAGGCAUCGGAGGUGCUUCGAUCUGCUGGCAGCUUAGCCAUGCCUACACCUGUAUCUCAGUCGAAGUUCCUGCAAGCCAUCCAGGGCAAGAGACAAGCAGCGUGA